AUUUAAGGUUGGCCACCCUUAGUGGCAUUGUUUGUUUUUGUGUAAUUUGCCCACUUUUCGAAUCUUUUUAAGCUUUUUCAAAUAAAAAUUAAGAAUAAUGGAAGCGGACGAGCCAAUGGAAGAGGACGAUACCAUGGAAAUGGACAUCGACGAAACAGUGCCCAGUACGACCAUAAUCGAAAACAGAAGAACGUCUGAGACUAUCACCGCCCCCGUUGCACCCCAAGAAGAAGUGGAGAAGCACAAGCCGGACGACGACGUGGAAAUUGUCACAGUUCCGUCGGAACCCACCAAACCGGCCGAGACCACAGCAGCGACCGAAGACCCGAAACCCAUAGAGGACGACGACGUGGUCAUCUUAGACGACGACGAAGAACCGAACACGCCAACUCGGACGCCUCUCAGAGCAAAGCCGAAAGCGACGCAGCCCUCGCCCGAAGUUAACACGUGCGAGGUUAUCGACUUGGUCGAUCGUAAACCGGCGAGCGUGAAUAGCAAGUGCAUCAACUACUCGUGCAAGAGCGGCCUGGAUAUGAUCAUCGCGCCCCUCUUCUGUUUGACGUUCUAUCGGGUAAAGACCUCGAAAAAUAAAAAGCAGGAGGUGUGCAAGCAGUGUUACGACAUCGCCCUGCUGCACUUCGACAAGCUGGCGGUCGCGCUGAAAAACGACGAGCUUCUCAUCGGUCUCGACAUACCCGUCAGACACGAUCUAGUCGAGAUCGACGAUUCCGACUCCGACGACGAGAAUGACAAGGAGAUCUCCGAGUAUUUUGACGCGGAGACGAUGGAGUUUUUAGAGAAGGAGCUGGAGAACGUCAUGAGGGAAACGAUGGAGAAGUACAAGAUUUCCGAGCAGACCAACAACUCCGUUGUGGCUUUGAAGAAAACCGGCGCCGAGAUCAAAGCGCAAUUUCAAGAGGUCGACACGAUGCUGCACAACGUGCGCAAGCAGUUGGACACGAUUCAUCACAAUUUGUACUCGGAGUUUAAGGUGCGGUACGAUCACCUACCGCCUUUAGACAUCGGGGAUGUGUACUGUCCCACGGCGCGAACGGUUACGAGAUCGCCGAGCGUCUCUGAGCAACAGCAGAGCAUCGAGAGCGAAAGGCGCAGUCUGCGGCGAACGAAACCGAUCUCCUAUGUGGAGCUGGACGAUCCGGGUAGCGCGUCGAAUAGCCCAGUCGUCGGCGAUUCGACUACUAAAGAUGGCGGCGACGGGGGUAAAUAUAAACUGCCGCCCGCCGAUUUACCUCCGAAAGGUCCCCUGCAGAAACCACCCUUAAAAAUUGGCGAGUAUUAUUAUACGGUGCGUUUCAUGCAGAUGGGCUCCUGGAUACGCGUCCGUCUAAUAAAUAUCAUCAAACCGGGAACGAUUAUCAAUGGACAGGCCGUUAGCCAAGUGAUGUACUGCGUCUCGAUGGAGAACAAGCAGCAAUCCAAGUAUCCGACUAAUCGUCUGGUGACCGGCAAGGAAAUAGCGUACUCGUUUCCAAGUCCCGUGACGCUCGAGGUCGGCACGCGAGUGAUCGCGAUCUUUCGCGAGACGUACUCGAACGAGGUGAAGAAAAUGAGGAAGGAGUCCUACUAUCCGGGCAUCAUCGCCGAACCGCUGUCCUUCAGUAACGACUUUCGCUAUUUGAUCUUCUUCGACGACGGUUACGCCCAGUACGUUCACCACAAGAUGGUGCACCUGAUUUACGAGUCGAGCAAGGACGUUUGGGAGGACAUGCACGUCGACUCGCGCCUUUUCAUCAAGAAGUACCUCGAGUCGUACCCGGAACGUCCGAUGGUACGAUUGCGCAAGGACCAGACCGUCCGAACGGAAUACAACGGAAAAUGGUGCUUCGCGACCGCCAUGGCCAUCGACUGCUCGCUGGUGAAGAUGUUCUUCGAGACUUCCAAUCGCAUCGAAUGGAUCUAUCGCGGCUCCACCAGGCUGAAUCCCAUGUUCAAGGAGGAGCAGGCUGCGUCGAACCGACAUCAAAACAAGGCGCGCGUUCUGCAGAAGCUAAACGACGCGGAUUCGGGCACGAACGGCUCGGCGGGACGGGUUAGGUCCGUCGCGCGUAAGAGUACGGCCAGGGCGACAGUACCGCAUGGCAAGAUUCCGCCAACCGUACCCUUUUUACCUGUGUCGUCCAAUGAGAAACCCACCCUAUCGCUUCAGCCGCCACCCCCAAGUAAAGUGGUCUACUUUACACCUCGCGCUCAAGUCAAUACCAAAACCGUAUACAAACCGCACGUGUGCUCGAUCAAAUGCAAAGCCCUGCUAAGCUACGACGUCAAGAAGCUAAACGGCUACAAUCCCCUAUCGAAACCUCUCCUCUGCGGGUGGAAUCGCGUCUCUUUCAAACACAAAGGCAACAAAAAGGACAUCAACUACAAGGCGCCGUGCGGCCGUUUCAUACGGAACAUGGAAGAGUUGCACAAAUACUUACGGGUGACGCAGAGCGAGAUGACCGUCGACCUCUUCGACUUCGACUUCUGGGUGCACUGUCUCGCCGAGUUCGUGCUCGAACGCAACGCAACGGUCAACAAGGAUAUGUCAAACGGUGUCGAAAUCGUGACGAUUCCGAUCGUUAAUUACGUCGACAAUAACCCGAUUAACUUCUCCGAUUACUCGAACAAGCGCGAACCGAAGAAGGGCGUCCAUCUCAAUACGGAUCCCGAAUUCUUGUGCGGCUGCGAUUGCACCGAUGACUGCGAGGACAAGCUCAAGUGUCAGUGUUGGCAGCUGACGCUGCAGGGACUCCGCUACAUAAAUAAGAACCUAUCGCCCGACAAUGUCGGGUACUUGUACAGGCGACUGCCGGAGCCGGUCGCGACCGGUAUCUACGAGUGCAAUUCUAGGUGUAAGUGCGCGGCGACCUGCCUCAAUCGCGUCGUUCAAAAUCCCCUCCAGUUGAAGCUGCAAGUGUUUAAGACGAUUAAUAAGGGUUGGGGCAUACGCUGUCUCAACGAUAUACCGCAGGGCGCCUUCAUCUGCAUUUACGCCGGGUCGAUACUUACGGAGCAGAUGGCGAAUGAGGGCGGCAAAAAUGCGGGGGACGAGUAUCUGGCCGAGCUGGAUUACAUCGAGGUCGUCGAAAAGAUGAAGGAGGAUUACGAGGAAGACGCGAUGGAGGACGACGACGAGGAGGACAAGGAGAGUAGUAAAAGUGGGGACGAGUCGCCCGACGAAGACUUCGGCAAGAAUACCAUGGACGAUCGGGACUUUGUGCCUCCGAUUUUAGUUCCGAAAGGUCAAACGAAUUCCGCUUAUAAGAAACGACUUCGGAAACGUACAGCCGAAGACGCCGAGCGAACCAACUCGAAAGACGACGAGGAGGAGACCGUAAUCGUGAGCGACGACGAGGAGGAUUGUCGCGAGCCUUCGCGGUUUAAUGUUACCGACGAGUCGAAUAUGGACGACGAUUCUCAACCGUCCAUGUAUAAAUCGGUACGUGAAAUGUUCGGUAAAGAGGAGGCGGUCUACAUUAUGGACGCCAAGAUACGAGGGAACAUUGGUCGAUUUCUGAACCAUUCCUGUUCGCCGAACGUCUUUGUACAAAAUGUAUUUGUCGACACACACGAUUUGCGUUUCCCAUGGGUGGCAUUCUUCGCGUUAACGUACAUACGAGCGGGAACCGAACUGACGUGGAACUACAAUUACGACGUAGGAAGCGUCCCAGGCAAAGUGCUAUACUGCUACUGCGCGUCGCAGGAGUGUCGAGGACGCCUCCUUUAAUCCUCCCCCUUAGUGAUUAACGAGUGUUUAUUUAUGAUUUUAUAUUUGUAUAAAAGUACAUGUCUUCUAUAAAUUAAAUAUUACUGGAAGGAAGCUGAUCGACAGAUUAA